GCCCGCUGAGGCAGGGCCUUGGCAUCUCCCACCACUGCUGCCAGCACCCAGCCUGGUGGUUCUUGGUUGUGGAAGGAGCUGCCUGCUUAGGGCCCUGUCUCAGGGCUCAGGGUUUCUCCUCUGGGCUAGCUGGAUUUAUGACUCAAGGAGGGACCACACUGGUGGGCUGAGGGGAAACGGUUGAUUGGAUAUUCUGGUCUCUUUGGUUGGGUUCCAGCCCUGCCCCAGCCUCCCUGUUCCUGUCAGUUGUGUGAAGCUCCUGGGGCCCCUUGGGAGGCAACUUCCUGCCUCAGGCCCUCUGCCCACUUGCCUGUCUGCUCAGGCUCCCAGUAGGGAAUCCUCCACUCUGGUCACUGAGGGGUCAGCAGAUACCACAGGACUGCCACUUAGGCCACAAGCACCCACUGAUCCUGCUCCGUGCCCAGCUGUCUGCUGGGCUCAGGACCCAGAGAAGUCAGGCAGUCGCCUGCCGGGAGGCUCACAGGUGAGUGGGAGAGAGAUCAGACGCAAAUAAAUGUGGCAGUAGUCACACGACUGCUGGCACGUGGGCAGCAGUUCGACGUCUAGCAAGGGGUAGGCAGAGGAGUGGCACGGCACUGGCAGCGGCUCUGUGCCAGACGCUUCAUGUGUGAGGCCAGUGCUUAUCCCAGCAGGACAGCAGUUGCUCAAGUCAUGUUCGUCACUUGGUAUGUGGCUUUUGCAAGUUACUUAAUGUUUCUGAGCCUCGAUUUCCUCAUUGUUGAAAUGGCAAUGAGAAUGCAAAGGACGUGGUGUGAGGCUGUUGGAGCUUGGGGCUGCCCAGGCUGCAGUGGGCACGAAGCUGGGUGCAGGAGGCCCUUGCAAAAGAUUUCCUGUCCACAGCCCGUCUGUGACUCCCAAGUGGUAUUCCUCAGCCUCGUUACACAUUCCUUCCCAGAAGUGGCAUUCAGUGAAUGACAUGAGGCUGUGCUCAGAAUUCAACACACAGAGCCCCAAUACUGGCCUCCAGCAAGGCCAGGCGAAAAAAGGCCCCCAGCAAGAAGCAGAGCUUAAAAAAAGUAUAUGAGCUCUCCAGGCGCCCACUGGGGGCGUGCCACCCACACUCACGUGGCUGGGGCCGCACCAUGAGGACUAAGGGUUUACUGCUGGGGCCUUUGUGCUCUCAGGCAGCGUGGAGUAGUCAGAAGAGGCCUCCCGGAGGAAGAGGCAGCCCAGCGCCCAAAGCAGCGCAGUGUCUCCUCAGGCCUUCGGAGUGGCGGCCUGGGGGCCCAGCUGCGGCCAUGGAGCCUGUGGAGACCCCCGUCAAGGACGGCAUCCUCUACCAGCAACACAUCAAGUUCGGCAAGAAAUCCUGGCGGAAGGUAUGGGGUCUGCUGUAUGCAGGAGGUCCAUCAGGCGUGGCACGGCUGGAGAGCUGGGAGGUCCGGGAUGGUGGCCUGGGGCCAGCGGGUGACAGGUCUGCAGGGCCUGGCCGGCGCGGGGAGCGGCGGGUCAUCCGCCUGGCUGACUGCGUGUCCGUGCUGCCGGCGGAUGGUGAGAGCUGCCCCCGGGACACUGGUGCCUUCCUGCUCACCACCACUGAGCGAAGCCUCCUGCUGGCUGCACAGCAUCGCCAGGCUUGGAUGGAUCCCAUCUGCCAGCUGGCCUUCCCGGGCACAGGGGAGUGCCCCUCAGGAUCAGGGGAGGCGGAGGCUCCCAAGAGGGGCCUGGUCCCCAUGGAGGAGAACUCGAUCUACUCCUCCUGGCAGGAAGGGGGUGAAUUUCCAGUGGUGGUGCAGAGGACCGAGGCGGCCGCCCGCUGUCAGCUGAAGGGGCCCUACUGCCUGGUGCUGGGCCAAGACGCCAUCCAGCUGAGGGAGCCGGCCAGCCCCCAGGCCCUCUACACCUGGCCCUACCGCUUCCUGCGCAAGUUCGGCUCCGACAAGGGCGUGUUCUCCUUUGAAGCCGGCCGCCGCUGUGACUCCGGCGAGGGCUUCUUCGCCUUCGGCAGCCCCCGAGCCCGCGACCUGUGUGGGGCCGUGGCCGCCGCCAUCGCCCGCCAGCGGGAGUGGCUGCCAGAGCUGGCGGGGCCCCGGCCCUGCCCCCUGCCGCGGGCCACCUCCCUGCCCUCCCUGGACCCCCCGGGAGAGCUGCGCGAGGCGCCCCCGGGGCCCGAGCCGCCCAGCUCCUGGAGGGCACGCCUGGCCGAGCCUGGGCCCCAGAGCCUGCCGCCGGUGCUGGGCCCCGUGCCGCCCGCCGAGCCCGUGCUCUACGCCUCAGUGUGCAAGCGCGCCAGGGGGCCCCAGGGCGCCAUCGAGCACCUCUACGAGAACCUGUCUGUGCUGGAGGCUGGCAGCCGCAGCCCCCUGGGCAGCCCAGUCUACCACAACCACGAGGACCUGGGCUGGCCCGGACCGGCCCAUGACAGCAGCCUAGAGGCCCAAUACCGUCGGCUGCUGGAGCUGGACAAUGACAACGGCGACGGCGAUGGCAACGGCAACGGCAUCGGCGACGAGGCCGCAGGCUCUGGCCGCGCUGGCGCUCAUGCAGGCUUCAAGGCCAAGCUGGUGACUCUGCUGAGCCGUGAGCGGAAGAAGGGCCCGGCCCCCUGUGACCGGCCCUGAACAUCCUGUGUGGCAUGGGACAGAUGGGCAGACAGACAAUGGACAUCUGGGGACACAUCCUGUACCCAGUCUGGUCUGCAGGGACAAGGCAGGCCACCUGAGAAGGACCCCUCCUGUGCCCUGCCGGGCCCCCGGUGUAUAGUGUACAGACCUGCCGAUAAUAAAGCCUUCCGGCUCC